AUGGCCCACCUCGCACCAUCCGGAAAGUGGGACGCACGGUAUCUCGGGCCCGUCCCUCACGACACCUCGUACUACACAAAGUGCAUGAUCGGCGGUAUCCUCGCCUGCGGGACGACGCACGCCGGCAUCACGCCUCUCGAUGUCACCAAAUGUAACAUGCAGGUCAACCCGGGCAAGUUCAACGGUCUCGUCAGCGGCCUCAAGACCAUCACCGCCGAGGAGGGCACCAAGGGUCUCUGGAAGGGCGUCGGGCCGACGUUCAUCGGCUACUCCCUCCAGGGCAUGUUCAAGUACGGCCUGUACGAGGUCUUCAAAGACGCAUACAUGAACCUCGCCGGCGAGGAGGCGUCCGCCAAAUACAAGGGCGCGAUCUGGCUCGCUGGCUCCGCGUCCGCCGAGUUCUUCGCCGACAUCGCGCUCUGCCCGCUCGAGAUGACCAAGGUCAAGAUCCAGACGAGCCCCGCAGGCACCUUCCCCGUCCCCAUGUUCACCGCGCUGCGCGAGAUGAGCAGGCUCAAAGCCGACACGCGCUACCCCUUCGGCUCCAUCGUCCCCCUCUGGUCGCGCCAGAUCCCGUACACGAUGGCCAAGUUCUUCUUCUUCGAAUACAUCGUCCAGCAGUUCUACCGCCACGUCUUAACCGCCCCCAAGGAGACGUACAGCAAGCUGACCCAGCUCAGCGUCACCUUCGCGUCCGGCUACCUCGCCGGUGUCGUCUGCGCCGUCGUCUCCCACCCCGCCGACUCGCUCGUCUCCCAGAUGGGCAAGCCGAGCAACAAGGGCAAGGGCCUCGGCCAGAUCGCCUCUGAAGUUGGCUUUGUUUCCCUCGCCACCAAGGGUCUCGGCACCCGUGUGCUCAUGAUUGGUACCCUCACUGGCUUCCAAUGGUGGAUCUACGACUCAUUCAAGACUGCUAUGGGUCUCGGCACGACCGGUGGCAAGUAAACGGACAUUCUAAAGUCAGUACUUUGCCAAUUCCGUCGAGAUACAUAAUUGUUAAUCUUGUUCUCUCGUCAGCAGAAGUCUAUGUGGUGCGCCGGACGGAACGACGGAGAAGGAGUGGGUCCGCGCGCGGUUGCUGACAGUUGUCGUUACUACAUGCG